CUCCAACAGGCCACCACUUGGGAGUUCGUUACGCCCACGCGUAUACUUCUAUUUUGUGUGUGAGCUAUGGAGGUGGUUGCCGCCGACACGGAGACGACACCGCUUCCUCCUUUUCCCGUGGCUCCUGUGGACGUACCUCCUCCUGUCCCGAGAAGUCCGACGAAGUCGUUCGUGGAUGGCAUUCCUCAUGAUAGCUCGUUCGGCCCGACAUCAACGCGCCCGCUUGUCCAUGAUGGAGUCAUCGACAUGCGCCUGCUCAUGAUCUCCAUUUGGAAGCACCGCAAGAACGUCGCGUUCACCAACUCGUUGUGCGACGAGCUGAGCAAGCUCACCAACACACGGCCCAUCUUGGAUCAGGUGGACUUUUACCUUCCUCAGCUGUCCCACAUGGUGCUCCACUUGGAAAAGGAGCUGCCGAUGGAGGCGAUGGAGCAGUUUGUGAUGCUCUUGUCGCUGAGUAGCAGCCACUUUGCGCUGCAGUUCUUUUGGAUAGUCUACGGUGCGUUAGACGAGCAUCGGCCCAAGAAGAACGGCAACCCGCGCACGUUUACGCGGUGUGCGCAGCUCCUUGUGAUCUUGGAGCAGUGUUUCAUCUAUGGAUCCCCCGUGAACAAGCAAGCCAAGGAAUUGUUUGCCAGCCAUCAGAUCUCCAAGGCGGAAAUGGGGUUGAUUCUCAAAGCCGACCGUCGGUUCUUUGCCGCUCAAUCUAGUGCGUGCAUGUCGCUUGUAGAAGAGUCAUUUGAAGGAUGGCUGUACAAGAAAGGGGGCGGCACGAGCAAACUGGGCCGCCGGAGCUGGCAUCGUCGGUGGUGCUGCAUCGAGCGCAAGAUCCUGUUCAUUUACAACAACCGUCACGAUCGUCAUGCCCGCAACACAAUUCCUCUUGAACGGGCAGAGGUUCGAGUUAUUGCAAACCCCAAACGGCAUCAUUACUUUGAGAUCCACCACAGUUUUAGCAACACAACAUUCAAGUUUGCCGCGUUGACUGCCCAAGACCUCCAGGAGUGGGUAGACAAAGUGGACGUCGCCUCAGCUCCCCCCGGGCCCCCUCCAUCGUCCCCGUCCAAGGUGGGGCCGUCCCGCGCCAUCGAGCGCAUGUCCGAUCGCAUGCGGUCGUUCAUUCUCGAGCCUGAACGGAGAAAUAGCGACGACGACGACGACGACGCGGUCAUCUUGACCGAGCCGUCCCCUGCUGCUGCUGCUGCUGAUGGCGGUGCUUCGUUGGCUGACAACAAGAACGCCGAUAGUGGCAAAGAGCACGAAGUGUCCAAGGCCGCCCCCGUGGUGGAUCCUCCAUCGACCGAACAACACAACGACAUUUUCGUUGCGGAGAAAGUUGCUGGGGGUAUUGGUACCCCCCAAGACAACUCGUCCAUUCGAAACGCACGCACGUCGUCAGGGUCGGCUCCAGUCCAUUUGACGUCGGAUGAGCAAAUGCGAUACGACUUUUUUACGGCGCAAAUCUCAUUUGUCAAGGCGAUCACAGACAUUUGCGAAGACUUGCGCCUUGUGGACGUGUCCAAGCGAAAGGAACUCCUCCCAACUAAACUCACCCGUCUCCACGAAACCCUUCCCAAGUAUGCGUACCUGCCGCUCUGUCGAUCCACCGACCACUUUUACCACGUCGCAGCUGUGUGUGCCCAAGAAGGCUACGUCUUCAAAACCCAUGAACGAGCCCCGGUGCUAAUGCAUUUCCUCACCACGCCCAACUCGGCCAAUAUGGACGUGUCGUGCGCGUUGUUUGCGCAUUUGCAUGCCCAGGACGAGCACAUUGACACGGUGAAAUGCAACGCUCCCGUGCUGAACGAGUCGACGCCGUUCAUCGACGAACUGCUCAUGGACGACGACAGACGAACUAAGCUGGCGGCCAUAUUUGGAGAACUCAAGUGCCAAAAGAGUGCCCGGUUAGCCCACGCACACCACCCGCACGGGGACGGAGUGCACUUGCAGUCGUUCAUUGCCAAGAGCUACGACGACCUGCGCCAGGAAGUGCUGGUUAUGCAGCUCAUCUCGUACCUGGACGAUGUGUUCAAGCGCGAGCACCUCAAGCUCAAGCUGCAUCCAUACCGUAUUCUGUCGACAGGCGCCAGCACCGGACUGAUCGAGCUCGUUGCGAACGCCACGUCAUUUGACGGGCUGAAGAAGAGUCCUGGGUUCAAAUCCCUACGAAAUCACUUUGAAUCGAUCUAUGGCGCCACCAACAGCACCAUGUUCCACACAGCGUCGAGUAACUUUGUCCAAAGUCUGGCGGCGUACUCGAUCGUGUGUUAUAUCUUGUGCAUUAAAGAUCGACACAACGGCAACAUCCUCCUCGACGUCGAAGGCCACGUCGUGCACAUUGACUUUGGCUUUUUCUUGGGCCGGGCGCCGGGGGGGUCGUUUAGCUUUGAGACGGCGCCGUUCAAACUCACGAUGGAGAUGGUCGAGUGCAUGGGCGGCAAAGAUUCGGCCAACUUCAAAACAUUUACGGACCUGUGCAUCCAGGCGGCGGUGGCGGCGCGGCGGCACGGUGAAACGCUGUAUACGCUUGUGGAAGUGAUGAGUUUCCACUCCAAGCUGCCCUGUUUUAGCGGAAACGUCACGGCGACGCUCCAAGCUUUUCGCGACCGGCUGUUCCUGAACGUCCCCGAAGACAAAGUGGGGCGGGUGGUGGAGGGGCUGAUUCACAAGGCGUUCGACAACUUUGGCACGGCCAAGUACGACCAGUUCCAAGAGUACUCGAACGGCAUUGCCAAGUGAAGGGUCGUCGUAUAUAUCCGAGCUUUCGUACAGGUUUAUUAUAUAUCUAUUGUUCAUACCUACAAUAUCAACAUUGUGACGUUAACGCCA